AUGAUAAAUAAAGAUCGUAUCUCUUCUAUCUCGAAAUCUUUAUCGCUCGAUUCUUUAAGUACGCAACCAACUACAGAUACAUCUAUUCUUACAUCAACAAGAGAUCAAGAAAAGGAUUUAAAAAUUUCUAAAGAUAACAAGCGAAGAAAAGCAAUUUUACCGACACCACAUAAACCAAGAAAAGAAUAUAAUCUAUUUGUAAUGAAUAGUAAAAAAGAUCUAAACAGUCAAGACCAAAGUAAAACAUUAAAAGAUAUUCGAAGUCAACCUUGUGAUAAAGAUACACUAGAUCGUGAAAUCUUCAGCAAUAAUAAUAAUAAGUGUAUUAAUACUUCGAAUAAACUCUUACAUAUUGAUUCGAAUUGCGAAAUUGCGAGUUCUGUUGUUGAUAAUACAAAUACACAGAAUCGAGAAUAUAAUGUUGCUGUAAAGGUUGAUCAACAAAAGGACGAUGAUACUUAUAAUAAAAUUAAUAUUUCGAAUCGUCCUAUCAAAAAUUCUGAAGAAGAUAAUGAAACAGAUAAUCAAUCGCAACCUGACGAACAUAUAAAUGAUGAUGGUUUUGAUUCAUUUAUCAUACAGAAUUUUGUUCCGUUUUCAGGAAAGCAGAACGUAAUACAAUGGCUUGACGAAACCGAGCAUAAAUUUAAUCAUUUUCAUAUCGGAAGAAAUCUUCGAUUCGAAGCUAUUUCUCUUUUAGUCGAAGGAGAUGCUAAACGCAAAUACAUUAAAGCUCGUAAAGAAAUCAAAUCUUUCGAUGAUUUUUAUGAAUUCUUAUUGUUGCAAUUUGACUCUACAGAUAACAUUUCAUGUCAGCCUAAGUCUAGCAAAAUCGUCAUUAAUAAUUCUUCCGAUCUAUCAGUUUCAUGUCAAACAAAAUUCACAAAUGAAUCAAAUCAGUUGGUUUUCAAUAAUAGCAAAAGUCUCGCUUCUACGCAUCACGUACCUAUGUUUAGUUCAACUGCUGUGGAUAAUCUUGGUGUCACCAAUGCUGUUGGUGAGAAACCAGCCAUAAAGUCUACAACAGUUUCAGAUAGUCUAUCUACCUCUACUUUCGAUCAAACUCUAAACGAUCUUCGUAAAGCUAUUGUCGGUAAUUUAAUUAAAAAUCCGAAAACGUUUAAGGGAGGUAAAGAUGAUGUAAAAAAAUGGAUCGAAGAAAUCGAACAUCUUUUAGAUCUAGCACAUAUUCCAGAAUCUACUCGAUUAGAUUUGAUUUCUUACUCGUUGCGUGGUGACGCAUUAGAAUGGUUUAAAAAUAAUCGUUCAUCUCUCACAUCAUGGAGUGUGUUUGUUCUCGAAUUGAAAAGAGCGUUUACUUCAUCUUUUCACGAAGAAUUAGCAUUUAAAAAACUUGAGUCGUAUACUCAAGGAGAAAAUCAAUCGGUCCAUAGUUUUUUCAAUGAAGUAUUAAAGCUAUGUAAAGAAGCAGAUUCGACCAUGAGUGAAGCAACAAAAUUGAAAAAUCUUUUAAAUAAAACUAAGCCUAGCAUACAGUUCGAAGUACGUAAAAAGAAGCCUUCAUCAACUGCUGAAUUUCUUGAGUAUGCUAAAGAAGCAGAAGAACUUAUGCAGCUUUCGAAUAUGACAAUUGAUAAUACUACUAGUCAUAAUAGUAUUCAGGUUGUACAACAACAACCAAUAUCUUCAUCGACAUCCAUUCCAUCAUCAUCUAUAAAUCAGUCCUUUACUAAUGCAUCAAAUAACUAUCCAUCGAAAUAUUCUCCAGAUGUCAAUCGUAAUUAUCGUUUCUUAAAUAAUCGGAAUACUUAUUCUAAUCCAAAUUUUCCAUCAUUUUCAUCUUUCAAAACAUCUCAAAAUAAAGUUCGAUUUAACAGUAAUUCUUCACGACCUUAUCGACAGGGCUAUUCGAAUAAUUCUCCUAAUACGAAUCGUCAGAAAUUUCGACCACCACAAAAUAAUUCUUCAAGUAAUACAUAUUCUCGUCAACGUACUGCGAAUACUAUUGAUCUAGUCAGUCCAUCGGCCAAUAUUGAGGCGUUGCAUGAAACACUUUCAUCUAGUACUUGUAGUCGAUGUAACCAAUUUGGACACGAGGCUUCGGCCUGUCCAAGUUUCUAA